AUGGAGGCGAGAGCAUAUCCGACAUCGAACGGGGUGAGAAGCAGAACGCUGGAAAAAGAGACUUUUUAUCGUGCUUGUGUGACAGGCAGCACUUUGGGUGCGCUGGCAGCCAAUGACGACAGGCGCGGAGCGCUCUUGAACUGGCUUUGCUCCGUGAGGAGAGUUUGCAACGACAAAGGCGCCAACUUCAUGGAAGCGAGGGUGACCGAGCUGGCUCGACAGAGUCAACUCUUUCUUGCUCGGAUGGAGCAGUAUUGCCAGGUACCCUUUCGGUGGGACAGGGUCAUCGCAUCGGAUGCCGUGUUUGCACGAGGGUUGUUGCGCAGUUGGGCGAGAGUCACGCCCACAUCGUUACGCAGGGAGUAUCGCCGUGAGGCGGUCUCGGGAGAGCUUUGUGGACAGGGUCAUAUCGUGUCCUGUUGGGUGACGCGGUCACCUACGUGCUUCGUGCGCUGGAUGGACAAUCAAUAUUCGGGUGGCGAGAAUCCCCGCAAUGACCGGAGGGAAUUUGAGUGUGCUCUGUGGGACACUUUGACUCUGGACCAGGCGGGAGUCCUCUGUGCUUGGUACAAUUGGUACUCUCUUUGUCUAAUGGCGAGAGCUGUGCACGCUCCGGACUUAACCAAGUGGUUUGAAACAGCCUUGGAUGGUGUGGCCAGUCGACUGGAGGUCAUCUUGGAGCAAGGAUUCGACGGUGGUCUCGAUUCCACCUACGUUGAUGUGACAGUAGAAAUGUGA